ACGUGGCUUUCCUUUGCAGCCGGAAGAGAACGAAAGGUUUGCUUGUCUGAUGCUGAACAGCUGAAGUAUCGCUCGAACCCAGUGUAAGAACCCAAUUUAAGGGAUAAUAAUGGUGACGGACGUGCAGCUGGCCAUAUUCGCCAACAUGCUUGGCGUGUCCUUGUUCCUGCUGGUUGUGUUGUAUCACUAUGUUGCUGUCAAUAACCCCAAGAAGCUGGAGUAGAGUCCCCCCAAUAUGGUCAGAGAGGUGAGAUGGGACUCAAUGCCAUCACCAUGGAAACAUUCCCCACUUCCAAGUCCCAAGAGAUGAAUUUCUUUUGUAUGAUUGCACAGUAGUGUUUUUUUCUAAUAAUAAAAAAAAAAAAUGUGUAUGCCUUUUG